AUGACGACAACAUCAGGCAAACACACAAGAGUGAAGGUGAAGAAUGGCCCAAAUGCUUAUCAUGUAACGAUUAACUUGGGAGAAUCUGCAUACAAUUAUGACGAUGCCUCACAACAAGUCGAUAAUUAUAAUGAUGAAAACAAGAGUCCUCUUCAUGUGGAUUCAGUCACUCAAAAAGUUAUUUCGAAAUUUCAACAUGCACUCACCAAGCAAGAUGAAAAGCUAAUUGCACAAAAAUAUAUUACAUUCGCAGAACAAGUGAAGAAGUUGUAUGAUUCCAUUCCAGAAAAUUCAUCACCAGAUGCAUUGGCUCUUAAAGAACAAUUGCUAGCAAUUGUCAGAGAUUUAACAUUGAAAUCUGAACAUCCUGGAGUAGACAUGCUUCAAUCCACGUUGAAAGAUUUCAAGUCAGCAGCAGCCUCUCAACAACAACAACAAAAUAAUGAAGCAGGUGAAGGAGGUGCUCAAACUCUUGCUCUUCCUGCAGCCAUCAAAGCAGUCUCCUUUGCCAUGAAUAUUGCAGAUAAAAUUGGAACCUAUUCAGAUUCGCUGUCAAAAGCAUCAAAAUUCUUGGAAGGACCUGUCGCCAAAAAGUUGAGAAAAUGGGGCUUCAAAAAAGCUGCUUCCUUGGCUGAACGUUAUGGACACAAGAUGGACACGUACGCCACUGAAAAACUCAAACCAUUCGAGGAUAAAAUCGCGAAAAAGAUUGCACCCGUGGUGAAAUCAAAAACAUUUCAAACGGUACGUCGAUCACUGGAAGUAGUCUCUGCUGCCAUGAGUUUGAAAGGAGGUUUGAAGGCGUUGGGAAUGGUGAAAAAGGUCAAUUUAGGAUCAUUGAGAAAAAUUAGAAAAUCGUUAAAGGAAAUGACAAAGUUUGUGAAAAAUCGAAAACAAAUUAUGAAACUGAUCAAAAAGAAUCCACUCAAAGCAUUGAAACGAUUUAACAAGCUCAGAAAGAGAGUGAAGAAAGUGAGUGGUUUUUUGGACAAGCAGAACGACAAGAGCGAUGUGUCAAAGAUGGACGGCACUGUGUCACCAAUUCCAAAAGCAGACACCCCUAAAAUUCGAAGUUAUUCGAGAACCAAGGACUUGCCUGACAAGAUUGAAACUUCCAACAAUGAAAGCAGUCCCGACAAGCGAGGUACACAAAGACCAUCCAACACUCCUCAUGUGCAAGUCAUCAUCACGCUCAAACAUUGA